AUGGAACAAAUUCGUGUUGAAUUAGUUGAUCAAAACAAGGUUUUAAGCAGCAAGGUAGAAGCUUUAGAACUAGACUUAAAAACCUGUAAAUUAAACCUACACGAAUUGGAACAAAGGAACACAAUUAAUUACUCGAAUCAACAAUGUGGCUCAAUUACACCUAAGGGAGAUCGGUCGAUUAAUUCCCAAAUAGAGCCUAACAAUAACACCAAGGUCGAGGCAAAGAUAAAUUAUGCAAAUUCCCACACUUUCAACCAAAGAAAAGAAAUCAAUCAGGAAACUAAAAGAAAUAACUGUGAGCUGUCUCUUGAUCAAUCCUGUAUUGUGGUUGAGGAUCAAAGUACAGACAUUAAUCUAAGCAGGAGUCAACAAGUAUCUAAGCAAAAUGAGGAUAGAUGCGGCCUUCCAACUAUUAUUUUUAACACGCUCCAUCAAAUACCACAGCACGAUCUUACAAACCAGUAUUCCAUCCCGAUGCGUAUUACAA